GAAGUCUGUAAGAAAACAUUAUGCCCAAGUGUGAUGUUAAGACGAGGUACAUACCAGCGACAUUUGCUUGGACUCUACUGAUUGUAGCAACAACGUUGUUCUUCUACUACCCAGCCCGGUAUUACCUGACGGACUACCCAUGGGUCCCAGCGUACCAAGGCGUGAUCACGUUCUUCGUGCUGGCCAAUUUCACCCUGGCUACCUUCAUGGAUCCCGGAGUCAUACCAAAAGCUCCCCCUGACGAGGACCGAGAAGAUGACUUCCGGGCGCCACUAUACAAGAACGUUGAGAUAAACGGGAUUACAGUCCGAAUGAAAUGGUGUGUCACCUGUAAAUUUUACAGACCACCGCGAUGUUCACAUUGUAGUGUUUGUAACCACUGUAUCGAGACAUUUGAUCAUCAUUGUCCAUGGGUCAACAAUUGCAUAGGAAGAAGAAACUACCGGUUUUUCUUUUUCUUUCUCAUAUCACUUAGUAUACAUAUGAUUAGUAUAUUUACAUUAAGCCUAAUUUAUAUUCUCAAGUAUGAAAACACAUUCUCCAAUGCAGAACCAAUCGUAGCCAUUGUGUUAAUGGGUUUGGUAGCGUUACUAGCGAUACCAAUUUUUGGCUUAACAGGGUUUCACAUGGUGUUGGUUUCGAGAGGUAGAACAACCAAUGAACAAGUUACCGGUAAAUUUAAAGGUGGUUACAACCCGUUCUCUCGGGGUUGUUGGGAUAAUUGUUGUUACACCCAAUUCGGCCCCCAAUUUCCUAGCUUAAUCAAGCCCCACAAAUACAAUGUGAAGCGAAAACACUGCCCUCACGGGCCCAUAGCGACCAUAACGAACGACAGCCAAGUGAAAACGUACAUGGACAACAGCAACGGCGUGCGAAACAUCAAUUCGAAUGCGUACAACAAGUUGUCUCCCGGCCGCGACGGCUGCGAACUCGACAUGGAGCCCUCGGCGUCCCAAUCCCAAGACUGCGAGCCCACGCCCCCGCUGCAGCAGCACGGCUCGAAAAGCAACUUUUUUCUACCGCCGAUGGAAGGCGAAUCUCCCAGACAUCCCCGAGGUGUUCACUACCCAAGAAGUAGUCCCCAUCCUAGGCCGAGAGGCCUAGACCCGAACCGGAGCGGCACACCGGAAAGCUUGGGGCCUCAGAGACCGUCGCCCACGAUGCAGCAGAGGAUCAAAGCUCUCGGUGUGCCAACUCCAUUAGCAAUGUCUAGUCCAGUUAGGAGAUCCAACCCGAGCACCCCGACCCAGCCUCGUCGUCCCGACUUCAUCGGGGUGUCGGCCAACCACCAGACCGGCCAAUACUACGACUUCCAAGCGCACCAGAACGCGGGCCCGCGCCCCAACCCAUCCCAGGGCUACGGCAGCCCCCAGCGCCGCUUCAUGUCCGAAGGCGAGCUGGUCCGGCAAGAGGGGGCGCAGCUGUCGUACCCGCGCUCCAACAACACGGUCGACAACAUCCGCGAGCUGGCCAACUCGCCGCAGCGGGGGGUCUACAUGUGGAAGGACACGUCGCCGGGGUACCCGCCGCCGGCGCAGCACCCGGACUUCUACAGGUCCAACCCCACCAGCCCCACCCAGCAGGCGUACACGGCCCCCAGGCCCUACCACCCGGCGGUGAGGGGCGGGGUUGCCGUCUAUCCGCCGCAAAGUCCGCAGGAGUAUCCUUGCCCUCAGGUGCACCGGAAGGGUCCGUUGGGCGCCGGGACGCCCACCGUGACCGACCAGCGGCGCCGGCCGAUGUCGUUCGUGCGGGCGCUCGAGAUGUCCGACUCGGUGGAGCUGACCGCCCCCAACUCCCAGUGUGCUGCCCACAUGCCUCAACGUCCCUCCACCCCCGACCGGACCAGCGUCUACGACAUGAACUAUGAGAUAUCUGUAUAGGGCAGGUGUUGGCACUCUCGCCCCGCCGAAUGAGUGCAUUUAGUUUCUCUGCAUCAGAGACCCUCAUCGUAACAGUAAACAUUCCGUUUACUACUCAUCCCACUGUGUCACGGACCUAAGACCAACUGUAGUGUGUGUAAUAUAAUCUAUAUGUUAUUUGUUGUUUAUCUACAAUGUUUAAAGAAUUUUCGUCUCAUUUGGAAAUUUUAUCCGUGUGUAUUAUGGAAAUGUGGCUUGUGUUGUUGUUUUACUGUUGACUUAACAUUUGUUUGUAUUUUUUUAUAUUUUGUUUUUUAGUGAUCUGAUCAUAACAAACCUAACCAGACUGUAACUGUACUAACCGAAAGCAGCGGCUCAGGCAUCUUUUUUUUUAUAAGAUGAGUUGUUGAGUGUAUUAUUGAUGAUAACUUUAAUGGUGUAAAUAUAUUUAAGUUUUAGUA